CACGUCCUCUGCUCGCUUACAAAAAUGCCUCCUCAUCACCCCCCAUUCUCCCCAAAAUCCCACACAAAUCCCACCCAAUUCUUCCUUCACUUUCCUCUAAACACUCACAUUUUCCCACACAUUUCUCGCUUGCCAAACAAGACACGGAAUCAUGCGGAUGAGUUGUAAUGGCUGCCGAGUCCUCCGCAAAGGCUGCGGCGACAGUUGUACCAUCAGACCCUGCCUUCAGUGGAUCAAAACCGCCCAAUCCCAAGCCAACGCCACCGUCUUCCUCGCCAAGUUCUAUGGUCGCGCUGGCCUCGUUAACCUCAUCAAUGCCGGCCCCCAACAUCUCCGUCCUGAAAUAUUGAAAUCCUUGCUAUACGAAGCUUGUGGGCGGAUAGUGAAUCCGAUUUACGGGUCAGCCGGGUUGCUUUCGUCCGGGAGCUGGCAUCUCUGCCAAGCCGCCGUGGAAGCGGUUCUAAGAGGCGCGCCAAUCAUGCAGAUUUCUUCUGAGUCCGCUGGCAGCAUGAGCCCACCGCUUAAAGCCUGCGAUAUACGCCACGUGUCGAAGAGGGAGAGAGCGGUUCCCUCCGAUCAGCUUCACAAGGUUAAGAAGUCUCGGAGCCGGUUCAAGAGCUCUGCUGCGAAGCCGAAGCCGAAAGUGGAGUCUAGUGCUUUAGAGUUUGCGAUUGUGACCGACUCAUCGAGAAAUGAAGACGAGUGCGGUGGAUCGGUGAGUCACGAGUUGGGGGAUAGUCAGAAUCCGAGUCGAGGAGGUGAUAGUGGAGAGGCUGACUGUGUUUCCGCUGAGACCGUGGAGGCUUCGCUGGCAAAGCCCGACGAGCGAGCCGAUAGUAGCGACGUGGACUUGGAGCUGACUUUGGGCUUCGGCUUGGGCUUCGGCCACUGGGCUCGAGCAAAGGGAGGGGAACAGCUGGACGGUGUCGAUGAUGACACGUGUAAGAUGGAAGUGGGGAUCUGGACCGGCUCAGUAAGUCCAUGUGGCAGUGGCGGCGGCGGCUUUAGAUGAGAUGGGUUUUUCUUUUCAUUUCUUUUUAUAUUUUGGUCGGCCUGUGUUUAGUUCAGAUGGUGAUUACAACAAAUUUUGCGUUUGUAAUGCAUUUUUGGAAGUUACCGUUGAAAUCGUAUAUUGUAUGUAAUAGAUGUGAAGGGAAAAGAUUAUGAUACAAAUUGGGUUCUUUCUUUCUGACUAGGUAUGAUCACACAUGUUCUAUAACUUGUUAGAGAAAGGAAAAGAAGAAAGAAAUGGCUGCCCAGGUGAAGGAUGAACGACUAACGAUGAGGGACAGUUAAUUUGUGUUUAAUCUUUAUCGGAUUUGUGAGAUGACUCGAAUACAUUCCUAUUCAAGCUCUCCUACCUUUGAAAAAUACAGGCAUACUAAUAUAUUUAAGGAAAUAAUUGAUACAA